AUGAAGAGCUUGUGUGUAUCUGUAGUUCUGCUGCAGUUCAUCGGGACUUGUUUAUGCCAAUUCCCUCGCCCAUGUGCCAACUCAGAGGGACUACGGACCAAAGAGUGUUGCCCGGUAUGGGAUGGUGACGGCUCAGCAUGCGGCGCCCUGUCAGGGCGUGGUUUUUGCACUGAAGUGGAGGUCUCAGAUGAGCCCCAUGGGCCCCAGUACCCACACAGUGGAAUUGAUGACAGAGAGCGCUGGCCUUUAGCUUUCUUUAACCGGACGUGUCGCUGUGCUGGUAACUAUGGAGGUUUUAACUGUGGCGAAUGCAGGUUUGGUUACUGGGGUUCAAACUGUGCUGAAUACAGGGAGUCAGUGCGCAGGAACAUCCUGACCUUGUCACCUGCUGAGCAACAGAAGUUUAUCUCUUAUCUGAACCUGGCAAAAAACACCGUCAACCGUGACUAUGUGAUCUCCACAGUGACAAGAGCAGAGAUGGGUGAAAAUGGUGAGAACCCCAUGUUCUCUGACAUCAACACCUAUGACCUGUUUGUCUGGAUGCACUACUAUGUGUCCCGGGAUGCCUUUUUGGGAGGGCCAGGGAACGUAUGGAGAGACAUAGACUUUGCCCACGAAUCUGCAGCGUUCCUGCCGUGGCACCGAGUCUACCUGCUUCACUGGGAGAAUGAGAUAAGGAAGAUGACAGGAGAUUUUAACUUUACCAUUCCAUACUGGGACUGGAGGGAUGCCCAGUCGUGUCAAGUGUGCACAGAUGCUCUGAUGGGCGGACGCAGCCCCCUCAAUUCUAACCUCAUCAGCCCUGCUUCAGUCUUCUCCUCAUGGAAGGUGAUCUGCACCCAGCCAGAGGAGUACAACAACCGAGAGGCAUUGUGUAACGCCACCGGGGAGGGACCACUCUUGCGCAACCCCGGCAACCAUGAUCCCAACCGCGUGACGAGACUCCCCACAACAGCUGAUGUGGACUUCGCUGUGGGCCUCCCAGAGUACGAGACAGAACCCAUGGACCGAUUCGCCAAUAUGAGCUUUAGAAACGUCAUAGAGGGUUUCGCCAAUCCAUCGACAGGCAUGGCAGUGCAAGGCCAGAGCACCAUGCACAACGCCUUGCAUCUCUUCAUGAACGGCUCCAUGUCCUCAGUGCAGGGCUCAGCCAACGACCCCAUAUUCCUGCUGCACCAUGCUUUCAUUGACAGCAUCUUCGAGCGCUGGCUCAGAGCCCACCAGCCUCUCCGGACCAACUACCCACGUGCCAACGCCCCCAUUGGCCACAAUGACGGUUACUACAUGGUGCCCUUCCUGCCUCUCUACAGAAACGGAGACUACUUCCUGUCCAGCAAGGCUAUGGGAUUUGAGUAUGCCUACCUGUUGGACCCUGGCCAAAGGUUUGUUCAGGAGUUCCUGACGCCCUACCUCCAGCAGGCCCAGGAGAUCUGGCCGUGGCUCCUGGGAGCCGGGAUCCUCGGGGCGCUGAUCGCUGCAAUCAUCGCUGCACUGCUUAUUGUUGCAAGAAGGAAGUGGAGGCGUAACCAGAGGAGAAAGAGGGCGUCAAGCUAUGGAGAGAGACAGCCAUUACUGCACAGCAGCUCAGAGGAAGGUUCAUCUUCAUAUCAGACGACUCUGUAACACACACAGACACUGUACAAACAGCUGUAUAUUUUCAUGAAACAAAUUAAUGAAUCCUGGAACAAAACCUACAUUUGUAAUUGAUUUCCCAGAAUAAAUCUAUUUAAAUUUCAAAAAGGUAUCUAGCAGAGAGUUCUGUGUUGUCUUUGCCUCUGAGAUAUUCACUGCCAAGACUUUUGCACCUCAAUACACUUGAGGUGGGAAUGGAGAAAGCACUUAAAAAUGUCAGCAACAUGUCUUUACAGAAGCACUGUCAAGGGUUUAAAACAACUUUUAAAUAUUUUUUUAUUCUUUAGGUUUGCGAGUUUUUCCAAAUGUUUUCCAUAGUUCAAAAUUUUGUGGGUAGUGACAGUAGAUAUCUCAGAAAAAAAAUGUUGUAGCUUCUAAUCAGUAGAAGUGAAUGGGAAAUCUAUUUUGGGAUUUAGGUGAACUGACCCUUUACUGUGUGAGACAA